AUGUCAGCCUUUGAAGAAUUAGGUUUGCAUAGCAACUUGUGCGAACUGCUAGAAAAAAAUGGCAUAGAUUUACCAACUGCUAUUCAACAAGAAUCAAUCCCACUAAUUUUAGGUGGUGGGGAUGUAUGUGCAUCUGCCGAAACGGGAACAGGUAAAACAUUAAGUUUUAUUAUCUCAUCCUUGCAAAUAGUACAUGAAUUAUUCAGGAAUAUAGGAACAUUCGAAUGUAAUAAUGAAAAUUCGGUUUCAGCCAACAAUGUAAGGGGAAAUAAAGAUAAUGAUGAAAGUACGAUUGGAGUAGGAAAUAAAAAGGGUCUAGUUAUGAAUAUAAUAAAUAGAAGCAAUUCGAGAGUGACACUAAAUAAUGCUCUUAAUGAAUGUAUAUGUAAUAGUGAUUAUUCUAACUCUUUUGAAGAAGUAAAAGUAGAAUGUGAAAUUAUCAAAGGGAUGUAUGCCUUUGAAGUUGAAAUAUUAGGAAGAUGUUUUCUUAACGUUGGAUUUUGCCCAUCAGUACAAGAAACAUUAAAAUAUAAUUAUACAUACUGUAGUAAUGGAUGUAAGUAUAACAAUGGUAGACAAGAAAAUUAUGGCGAUUUUUUUUCAACCAAUGAUAUAAUAACUUGCUUGAUAAAUAAAAAUUCAAAUAUAAUUGCUUUUAAAAAAAACGGGAAAUUCUUAGGAAAUGCUUUUAAAAUAUUUUAUAAAUAUAAUGAUUUGCCUUUUUUCCCAUACAUAUGUGGUAAAUAUUUUCACAUCAAAUUACAUUUUGCAAAUUUGAAAUAUGCAGAUUCUUCAUACAAAGAUUUGAAUGAAAUUGUGAAUUCAAGAGAAGAAAAUGACACAUGCGAAAGGAAAGUAUACUACUCUAGUGGAACAGGAUGUGAAACAAAAUCAAUGAUACAUGAAAAUAAACAUAUAUUAAGCAUUCCGACUAGUACCCCGAAGACGGAAGAAAUGAAUAAAAAGAAAUUGUAUUGCAUAGUCUUAUGUCCUACGAGAGAUUUAGCUAUGCAAACUUAUAACAAUUACCUGACGUAUGCAGAAUCUUUUAGUAACGCUUCUAUAAAUAUUGGAUUAUUAGUAGGGGGUGAACAGUUAAGUAGAGAAAAACGGAAUGAUCAUCGUUACAAUAAUAUCCUUGUGUGUACUUGUUUUAAACUUAUGGAAUGCAUAAAAAAGAACACAAUAAAUAUGAGUGAUAUAAGGAUGCUAAUUUUGGAUGAAGCAGAUGAACUUAUAAAUAAUGAUGAAAGGUCUGUUCUUGAAAUAAAAGAUACAUGUAUAAAACACAGUCAUCAUGUGCAGACAUGUUUCUUUUCAGCCACAUUACAAGAUAAAAAUGUAAAAGAUUGUAUAAGCAAAAUUACAAACAAACCAAUUUUCGUUGAUCUAAAGUAUGGAAAAAAUAGCAUUCCCUCACAUAUAUAUGUGUGCAUAUAUUAUGUAAACAAUAAAAACACAAACAUAUGUUAUAAAAAAGAAAAUAGUAAAGAAAAAAUUUAUGAUGAUAUAAUUUUUAAUGAGAAAUUACACUCUAUGAAUUGCGAAACGUUAUAUGAAUAUACUGAUAAAGUGCAUUUAUUAAGUACAUCAAAAAAUGAAAAAGAAAAAAUUUCGCUUGAUAUUAAAAUUAAUAAAUUAAAAAAAUUAAUUCAUAUAAUUAACGUUUUUAAUAUGCAAAAUGGUAUAAUUUUCUGUAGAACAAAUUUAGACUGUGAUAAUUUAUACAACUUUUUAAAUCAUGUUGGUGAUGGGAAAGCAUAUAAAGGUACUGUCGAAACGAUGAAGGAAAACAAAUAUUCUUGCGUUAUUUUGAAAGGGAAAAUGUCUAAUGUAGAAAGAAAAAAUAACUUGGAUGCUUUUAAAAAAGGAGAAGUGCGUUUCUUAAUUUGUACCGAUGUUGCAGCUAGAGGUAUUGACAUUCAAAAUUUAAGAUAUCUAAUUAUUCUUACUUUGUCUGAGAAUAUUAAUGCUUUUUUUCACAAAAUUGGAAGAGUAGGAAGAGAUGGAAAAAAUAGUUUAUGUAUUGUUUUAAGUUCAGAAAAUCAGGAAGAAAAAGUCUGGUUUCAUACAUGCCAAAGCAGAGGAGUGAACUGCUUUAACAGAAAUUUAAAAGAAAAUAAAGGAUGUACUGUCUAUAUAAAAGAAUCUGAAUAUAUUAAUAGCAUUAAUAAUAUGUUGGAAAUACCAAUGCAUGUGCUUGAUCCUAAGUAUUACUAUGCAGAAAAUGUUGUAGACCCAUUGAAUUAUUUGAAAAAUAAUCCCGUUUCUAGCAAGAGUAGGAGAAAUAAAAAUCAAAAUGCAAAUACCAUAUUUUCUGAACCUGCCCAUACGGAUGUGAUAGGGAGCUUUGCCUCAAAUAUAGAAAAUAUUAAAAAAUUACAAAGUGUAAUAUGCUACAGGUAUUACGAAUCUGUCAACUUCACGCUAUAA